UUUGUUUGUUCCUAUCGAAAGGUAAAACAAAAUGCCUACUACAUUCAAACUCUUGUUGCUCCAAGGUAAAACAAAAUGCCUACUACAUUCAAACUCUGUUGCUCCACUGCUUACAGCUGACAUUCGAAUCCUUCACCGUGGGCCGCUUCACGUCCUUCACGACGGACGGCUGCCCGGACGGCUCCAUGUCGGUGAGCGAGUCCGGGCGGCCGACGGCGGGCGGCGCGUGGUGCGGACCGGCCUGGGGGCCCGCCGUGUACUUCUCCGAGACGCGGUCGCUGCUCGUCACGGUGCGCCUGCUGCGCCUGCACAAGGACUCCUCCGGCUACAACUUCGACUUCCGGCUCGGCUACCGACUCCUGCCCAGGGACCGCGCGGUAGUGCGCUACGGCGGCAGGGUGCCAGAGAACGUGUACUGGCCGCCGCUGCCGGGCGAGGGGAGCAACGCCACGAACACCAACAGCAUCCUGCCCGGCAUGGGCGGCAUCAUCGGCGCCGAGCCCACGCCGCCGCCGCCGCCACCGCCACCCCCGGGGCCGCCGCAGGGGCCCGGCAACCCGUGGUGGGGGCUGGGCGUGGGCGUGGGCAGCGGCGCGGGCGGCGGCGGCGGCCUCCCCACCGGCGACGAGCACUACCUCGGCGACCUGAUCGCGGGCACCUACUGCUCGCGGCUCUUCUCGGACUGCGACCGCAAGCCCUGCCGCCUGCAGAGCCCCAACUUCCCGGGCGUGUACCCGCGCAACCUCACGUGCUACUACGCGGUGCGCCAGCACGAGGUGCCCGCCGGCAUGCACGCGCUCGUCACCGUCUCGCAGCCCGACGGCCAGCUGACGGCCGUGCGCGCCACGGGGCCGACGGGAUCCUCGUCGUCGCGCGGCAGCGGCGGCACGGCGCGCGGCUCGAACCGCGGCCUGCGCGUCUGGCAGGAGUGCGACGAGGUGCAGGACUACGUGACGGUGUACGACGGCUACACGACCCGCGACCCCGUGCUGCUCCGCUUCUGCGGCGGCGGCGAGCCCGUGCCCGCCGUCACCUCCUCCGGGCCCGAGCUGCUCGUCGAGUUCUCCACCUCGGCCUUCGGCUGCCUGGAGCAGCCCGGGCCGCUGCAGCCGCUGCACGGCUUCCAGCUCGAGGUGCAGGUGCAGUUCGUGGACGCGCGCUCGCCGCAGUACUCCAAGGGCAAGCGCUGCGAGCUGUGGGUGCGCGGCGCGGGCCGCGGCCUGCUCGAGUCGCCGCGACACUCGCUGCCCAGGAACGCGACGUGCCUGUUCCACCUGCAGGGCGUCUCGCUCCCCGAGGACGACCCGCCCUCCGCCCACGAGCCGCCCGCGCGCUUCCAGCCCGCGCCCUGGAGGGCCAACGCCGCCCUGCCUCCACCCAGGUUCCGCGUCUGGCUGUCCGUGCUCAAGUUCCACGUGACCACGGGCCUGGACCCCACGCCCACCACGCAGAUCGUGCAGCAGGAGGAGGGCUGCGCCUCGCAGCUGCGCGUCUGGGACGGCUCCGCGCCUCUCAAGUGAGCGGAAC